GAGGAGGAGGAAGAGGGAGAGGGAAGAGAGAGGAGAGAGGAAGAGGAGAGGGAAGAGAGAGGAAGAGAAAGAGAGGGAGAGGAAGAGAGGGAGGAGGAA